AUGAAUUGCAUAGAAGAGAUGGUCUUUGACUGCGAAGAGAAUCUGGAGCUUAUUCUUGUCUUUAGUCUUUUGUCCAAGAACAAAGUCAGGGUGGCAGUAGAAAAGAGACUUAAGAUGGCAAGAUCGUUUAUCAAACUUCUACGGAGCAUAUCCCAUGGAUCUACUUGUUCUUGGGAGGAGGGCCAGAUGGUUUUUACUCCUGGGUCGCUGAAAGGAGGAGAUGUUGUUGCAAGAUGUGAAGAUGAGAUCUCGAUGUAUAUAGAGCCCCUUCUUAUUCUGUGUCCCUUUAUAACGGAGCCCUUGAAGAUAAGGUUUAAAGGAGUAACAAACGACAAGCUGUGUGUCGAUCUUAUUAGAAUUGCACAUUUUGGAGUGCUGAAGAGAUUUGGGAUCAAGGGAUGCGAGAUUGUAGUCAAGAAGAGGGGCUUUGGGCCUGAAGGGAAAGGAGAGGUUAUAUUCACAGUAGACAUGCCUGGGAAGAUAACUACCAUUUCAUUGGAGAAUCCAGAGAAGAUUCUCAAGAUCCGAGGGUUAGUUCUGAGCAGCAGAGUGAGUUCCAUACCUGUCAAGGAGAUGACCGAGCGAAUUAAGGAACUUAUGGAGGAUGUUUCAAACACAAAGGUGUUCUCCAACAUGUCGAAUAGACUAGAUUCGGGGCCGUCUCCUGGAUUCCAGUGUGCAGUUUUUGCGGAAUCGAAGAACGGGAUUUAUUAUUCUGUAAUGAACGGGGAAGGUCUAACACCGAGAGAAACAGCAACAAGAGCCUGCAAAGAUCUUUUAAAGAGCAUCAAAUAUGGAGGGAUGUUUGACAAGAAGCUUCUUUAUCUUGCACUUUCCUUAAUGUCCUUGGCACCUCCAAGUGUAGGAGGUCUGUGGGUUGGAAAGGUUGACUUGGAUGUGGAAAAGAUCCUGGAAAUGCUGAAGCGGUUUUUUGGGUUUGAGUACGAGGUUCGGAACACUGCACAAGGACAUACUGUGUUUGGGCCUGGAUGUGGGCUUACGAACAUAAGCAGACAGCUGAAGUGA